AAAGUAACCUAGAAUGUUAUUUAAUCUUAUUUCAAUCUAAAUUCGGAAACAUUACGUUUCUCUUCAAAAAUUCUGGUAAAAAUAUUUAAUUACAAGUUUUGUUAUGCUUCCUAUACGCUGCUUAACCAAAUGUGAUAUAGAAGAAGAUGAAAAUUCGCAAAUUGAAGUAAUAUUAGGAGGUGACCAACGCCCACCAUGUGGAGUGAAGCCAUUGCUUAUGGCUCCUAAAGUCAAACUUAGCAGCGGUCAUGAAAUGCCGAUUUUGGGAUUUGGAACAAAUAAGCUGAAGGGAUAUCAAUGUUCCACAGCAGUUCAUUAUGCUGUAGAGACAGGAUUUAGGCAUUUUGACACUGCAUAUUAUUAUGAGAACGAAAAAGAAGUUGGAGAAGCUCUUCGUACCCAAAUCAAAAUGGGAAACAUCUCAAGAGAAAAUAUAUUUUUGACUACCAAGUUAUGGAAUACCCACCAUGAGCCGAAUGAGGUGCGCCGUAUAUGUCAAAAGCAGUUGGAAUCGCUUGGAUUACUUAUAUCGACUUAUAUUUAAUGCACUUUCCAAUUGGAUAUAAACAUUUUGGCGAUGAAAUUCUUCAGCCAAUGAAAGAUGGUGAAAUACA